UCUCUCUCUAGAAUGGUAUAAUUCCCUUGAUUUUUCUCCAUUUGAUUUCACAUUUUUUUGUAUAAAAUAGCCCCCAAAAUUUGAAUAAAGACUUCAACUUUCUUCCUUGGCUCUUAAGCUUUUUCAGCUAUUUGACUAUUCAGAUCUCAGCUGAAUUUCUGGUGGCAGCUUUUCUUGGAGCAAAAGAUUGAGACAGUAACAAAACUUUGCUGAAAUGGCUAACCAUUAUGAUCGCAACCCUUUUGCUGAAGAAGAAGAAGUUAACCCUUUUGCUGAUGGAGGAGGAAAAUCGAAAGGGCAAUCAAAAUUUAGUGGAGGCGCAUUUUAUACCACAAGUAGUGUUCCUCCAGCAACAAACUCAAGACUUUCACCCCUUCCGCAUGAACCUGCUGAUUUCUAUGAUCGUGAUGUGCCUGUUGAUAUUCCUCUUGAUAGUUCUACGGACUUGAAAAAGAAAGAGAAGGAACUACAGGCUAAGGAGAAUGAAUUGCGAAGGAGGGAACAGGAACUGAGACGAAAAGAAGAGGCUGCUGCAAGAGCUGGCAUUGUUAUUGAGGUGAAAAAUUGGCCUCCAUUCUUCCCAAUCAUCCAUCAUGAUAUUGCUAAUGAAAUACCAGUUCAUUUGCAAAGGCUGCAAUAUGUUGCGCUUACUACCUUUUUGGGAAUUUUUGCUUGCCUUUUGUGGAACAUCAUUGCUACCACUACAGCAUGGAUUAAAGAAGGAGAUGUAAAGAUCUGGUUCCUUUCAAUUAUUUACUUCAUAUCGGGGGUUCCAGGAGCCUAUGUACUGUGGUAUCGUCCUCUUUAUCGUGCUUUCAGAAAUGAGGGUGCUAUGAAGUUCGCGUGGUUUUUCUUGUUUUACUUGCUUCACAUUGCAUUCUGCAUCUUUGCGGCUGUUGCUCCUCCAGUAGUUUUCCGCGGAAAAUCGCUUACAGGCAUUCUACCUGCAGUAGAUCUCAUCGGCAAACAAGUUCUUGUUGGGAUUUUCUAUUUCAUCGGUUUCGGGCUAUUUUGUCUGGAGUCUGUGCUGAGCAUAUGGGUUAUUCAGCAAGUAUACAUGUAUUUCCGCGGAAGUGGUCAAGCUGCAGAGAUGAAACGCGAAGCUGCAAGAGGGGCCUUGAGGGCAGCAAUAUAAUAGUGUGGUAACAGAUAUAAAAGUUGGUCACUUCAGUCAGUCAGUCAAGCAGAUAUGCUUUGUUUUUCCAUAUAUGUAUAUGUCUUCAUUUUUACUACUCUUGACCACUAUGGUUUUUAGGAAAAAUUAUAGAGAUCAUUAUAUUUCUGGUAAAAAAAACAAUCUUUGUGCAUGUAAAUUCACCUUUCUUCACCUUUGCCUUUUCUGUGUUUGGUCACAGAAUUUUUACAGUAAAUCAUUUACAAUGUCAUA